CGACGUCGUAAUGCUCAAAACGACCACUCGACAUGUCGGGGUUGAUGUCAUCUGUCUCGCGCCUAGGCAUAUAAGAACGGCAGGCAAGGGGGAAUAAAAGCAUCCCUCCCUCUAACUCUUACCACUGCCAGCCUCUUCCAACACUCUCAUCAGCAAUGGCCAACCCUGGAAAUGUUGCUGGCGGCCACAAGGCCAACCUUAACAACCCCAACACCUCCGAGGAGUCCAAGGAACACUCCCGCCAGGUCCUUGACGACUUGGAGAGCUCGGGUGAAGUCGGCGGCGGCGACGCCCUUAAGAACGAGGGCAAUGUCGUUGGCGGUCACAAGGCCAACUUGAAGAACCCCAGAACCUCUGACGAGUCGAAGGAGCAUUCCAAGCAGGUUCUGGACGAUAUGGAUGCGAGCGCCUAGAAAUCGUCCGAUGUGUACGUUGUAAGACCGCGAUUCUGUAACAAAUGUCCUGUAAUGUACUACCAGGUGUCUGAAUUGGUCAAUGUAAUGGGUUUCCAUUCACAAUGAGGGACUCACUUUGCUCAUCGA